ACUCACUCAUCUCACCCUGUCCCAUUUCGUCCAUCAAAUACCCCCUUACCCCUGACGAACCUCACGGCCAAGACCUGCAGCGUCUUAUCCACACAGGCACCUAACCAUGGUCUCCUUCACUUCCCUCCUGGCAGCCGGCGCCGCCUUCCUCGGAACGCAAACCGCGCAUGCCGCCACCGGGGUCGACCCCUCGGUAUGCCAAUGCUUCCGAACGAACGGAACCUCCCCGGCGUACUUCGCGCACUACAAGUUCUUCGACUUCCGGAACAUCGCAAACCCGCGUGUGCCCGCAGCGAUUAACAAUCGCGCGCAGGCCCUAGCGGCACCUGUGACGCACGCCUACUUCAACACGACCAACUUCACCAACACCUGGUCGAUCCAAGCGUGGACGGACUCCGGCGCCGUGUACAACGAGUACAGCAAGAACGACGUGUACAUCGAGUCGAACAGCGACACGAACGCGAACUCCAAGACCUGGCUAACCCUCCGCACAUACCGGCACCCCGCCAGCAACGGCAACUUCCAGUCGUCCGCCGAGCUGCAAAGCAUAUCGGGGCAAUACCAAUACGUCUCGAUGCGAAUGUACGCGCGCACAAAGGGGGCCGCAGGCGCCGUAACCGCCAUGUUCACAUACAAGGACGCGGCGUCCGAAGCCAACGUGCAAGAAGCGGACACCGAGUUCCUGACCUCAGACGCGAACAACCAAGUGCACUACACGAACCAGCCGGCAACGGUAAACGGAACCUCGCGACCGAACGCCACGAAACAGGUCAAGAUAAGCGGAACAUGGUCGAACUGGCGCGUGCACCGAUACGACUGGACGCCCGGAAAAAGCGACUGGUACGUCGACGGGACACACAUGCUGCAGAACACGUACCAAGCACCCGUGGACCCGACGACUCUGCUCUUCAACGCGUGGUCCGACGGCGGGAGCUGGAGCGGCGCAAUGGCGAGCGGGCAAAGCGCGUACCUGCAGAUCCAAUGGAUCGAGCUGAUCUACAACAACACGGCGGAGCCGUCAAGCUUCAAGCAAUGCGCGGCGGCGAACAUCUGCAGCUUCGACCUGGGCACCGCGGCGGGGGUGCCGGCGCUGAGCGGGGCGCGCUGA